GCUUUUGGUGAAUAGAGUCAGUCGUGAAAUCGCUCACGAGGCAGAAUAAUGCGCCGCACGCGUUUCGAGAUGUGCCACUUCCUGUUUCUCGUUCUCGCCGGUAUUUCCAUGCUGCUAGAUACCGCAAACGCGGUAUGCACCAGCAGCAAACAAGAGGACGGAUUCAACGAGCGUGUAGUAUGCUCCAACGUGACUUUACACACCGCUUUAAUGCACGGCGGACGUGCCGUCAACGACAUCCUGAUUUUUCAAUCGGCGAUAGAAAGCAUUCCCGAUCAAUCUUUCGUGAGAUACAGCAAAAGCCUGACCUCACUCAGCGUACACGACUGCGGCGUCAGGGAGAUCUCCGACUACGCCUUCGCCGGUCUGACGAAGUUGCGGAAACUUAGUCUGCCGCACAACGCCAUCACAGUGGUGAGAGAUCAGUGGUUCGUCGCUCUGAUAUCACUCGAGCAAUUGGACCUCUCGAACAAUCUCAUCGCGUCAAUCGAGCCCGGGGUCUUCGAGAAGCUGAAAGGCAUCAAAAGACUCGACCUCACGCAUAACAAUUUAACAUGCUUGGAACCGAUCCAGCUCGCACCGAUGGCCGGCAUCGAGAAGCUGCGCUUCGCCGGAAACCCCAUCACCUUCCGGUGCCGCGGCACGUUGACGUUGUGGCUGCGAGAUCUCGGCAUAAAUUACGAAACCGAGCAGCGCGGCGAGGAAAACUGGCUGGACAGUAUAUUGUGGCUGUGCGCCGCCGACGACGGCAGGAUAGCCGAUUCCGAGGUCCUCAUGAAAGAGUGCGUCAUCCUGAAUCUGUUCAAUCAACUUCGCACCGCUCUCACCACGGCCGAGUCCUUUCCCCUGCCCGUCUCUGAGGAGUGCAUAAACGCGAGGAACGAGCUCACGAAAUGCGUCGCCGGGGAUCGCAGACGCGGCAAGGCAGUUAAUAACGGACACGUCGUGAGAAAAUUGUUACGACAAUUGAAGGAGUCGAAGUCGACCGUAUAAUGCGACAGACAAAUUACAAACUGUCACGCGCGAUUGGUAACUCGUUUGCAUUAAUUUUCUGGUUAAAAACAUUAUUUUCUACGCCGAUUUUGAGCACGAUUUUUAAAAUAUUUUGCUGUUUGUUAAAAAAAUUGUAUUUCGAUUUUUAAGAUAACUCCUUGCUGCAAAAUGUUAUAAGUUCACUAUAUACAUAUAUAUAAUUUUCAAUAUCGUACAGAUUUCUUUUACGUCUAAAAAUGUCCAACACUUCCGAGUAGAAUACUAUUUUUGCAUUAAAAUAAAUAUUCCUCCCAGGCAAA